AUGGGCGGAAAGAAGGAGGAUAAGGCGAAGGAGGGGAAGGAGAAGGAGGUCGCGGGCAAGCCCGAGGACGGGAAGGCGGGCGAGGAGAGCAAAGUGGAGGAGAAAAAGGAGGUGCUGACGCCGGCGCAGGUCCUCCUGAGCAGCGUUGGGUUGAUAGAGCAGGCGGUGCGGCACAAGGACACGCGGUUCUUGAUCGGACGGGUCCUGCGUCAGACAGCGGGCGUGCGCAAGGCCCUGGAUGCAGCGCUGCUUACCGAGUGCGCCACCGCGGUGCUGCCCGCGGAGAGCUCCGCCCGGCAGGUCGUCGCAGAUGCACUCAAGAGCAUCGAGGCGGGGAGCAUGGAGACGGACGACGGCGACGCGGACAAGGCCGGCGCGGCCCCCCCCUUCAAGGACGCCAAGCUCACCAGCGUCCCGGAGGUCGAGGUGUUUUUGCUGCUGGUGACGAUCAUGCGGCUGCUGGACCACGACAAGCUCCCUGAGGCUCUGGCUCUCACCAGCCGAGCGGUGGACUUCAUCUGCGAGUUCGACAGGCGUACCAUGGACCACCUCGCCGCGCGCGUGUACUUCUACUACGCGUAUGCCCACGAGCGCUGCGGACAGCUCCGCAGCAUCCGAGCGCGCCUCCUGCGGCUCCACCAAACCGCGACCCUCCGCCACGACGAGAUCGGCCAGGAGACGCUGAUGAACCUCGUGCUCCGCAGCUACAUCCUGGACUCGCUGUACGACCAGGCCGAGAAGUUCCGCGCCAAGGCGCAGCGCCCCGAGACCUCCCGGUCCAACCAGCAGCUCUGCCGAUACCUGUACUACCUCGGGCGGAUCCGCGCGGUGCAGCUCGAGUACUCCGACGCCAAGGACAGCCUCCUCCAGGCCACGCGGAAGGCGCCCUCCGUCGCCCUCGGCUUCCGCAUCGAGGCGACGAAGUGGCUGACGAUCGUGCGGCUCUUGCUCGGGGAGCUGCCGGAGCGCGCGGAGCUCUUCCACCCGACCGUGCGCGUCCCGCUGGCGCCGUACGCGGCGCUGGCGCAGGCGGUGCGCCGCGGCGACCUGCGGCACUUUGCGCAGGUGACGGAGACGCACGCCGAGGCGUUCCAGGCCGACGGGGUGCUGCGGCUCAUCGUGCGGCUGCGCAACAACGUGAUCCGCGCGGGGCUGCGCCGGAUCUCGCUCGCUUACUCGCGGAUCUCGCUCGCGGACGUCGCGGCGCGCCUCGGGCUCGACGCGGGCGACGACGGCGACGUCGAGCACAUCGUCGCCAAGGCGAUCCGCGACGGCGCGGUGGACGGCACGAUCGACGCGAGCGAGGGCGUGCUGCUGUCGCGCGAGGUCGUCGACGUGUACGGGACGUACGAGCCGCAGAAGGCGUUUGACGCGCGCAUUGCGUUCUGCCUCGACCUGCACAACGAGGCGGUGCGCGCGAUGCGGUUCUCGGACAAAAGCGCUGCCGGGAAGCGGAGCAAGAUCCCCACGGAGGAGGAGCUGGCGGAGGCGCUCGAGGACGUGGUCGACGAGGAGUUCUGA